AUGACUGUUACUUAUACAGCAGAGGUGGCCACGUGCAGAGGUUUUGGAUGUUUUCUCAAACUACUCUUGAGGUGGCGAGGAAGUAUAUACAAGUUAGUGUGGCCUGACUUGGCUGCAUUCCUUUUUUGUUAUUAUACUCUGAAUUUGACUUAUCGCUUUGUGUUAAAUCAACAGCAAAAAAGAAUAUUUGAAAGCAUAUCGGAAUAUUGCGAAACAUACAGCGACUUGAUACCGUUGUCCUUUGUGCUGGGAUUUUACAUAUCCAUAAUAAUGCAACGUUGGUGGGACCAAUAUUGUUCGAUUCCGUGGCCUGAUCCUAUAGCAGUUUACGUGAGUUCGCAUAUUCACGGACAGGACGAAAGAGGGAGAUUGAUGAGACGAACAAUCAUGCGGUAUGUCUGUCUGGGUCUGACUAUGGUGUUCUCUAAUAUCAGCCCUAGAGUAAAGAAGCGUUUUCCUACACUGGAUCAUUUCGUUGAAGCGGGAUUAUUGUUGGAAAACGAAAAAACGAUAGUAUUGGAUUUAAAUGACAAAUUUCCUAGUCACUCCAAACACUGGUUGCCGGUCGUGUGGGCGGCGAGCAUAGUGACUCGCGCCAGAAAAGAAGGUCGUAUCCGCGAUGAUUUUGCGGUAAAAACGAUUAUUGACGAGUUGAAUAAAUUUCGCGGUCAAUGUGGUUUGUUGCUCAAUUACGAUUCAAUAAGCGUACCACUUGUUUAUACGCAGGUUGUGACUUUGGCCGUAUAUUCAUUUUUCAUUACAACUGUAAUGGGAAGACAAUGGCUAGAUAAACCAGUAGUGCCAUUAGCAAAUCUUAAACACCAGACGGAAUCUAAUCCAGCAAAUUAUAACUAUAUAGAUUUGUAUUUUCCGGUAUUUACUACUUUACAGUUCUUCUUUUACAUGGGAUGGCUAAAAGUGGCCGAAUCGUUAAUAAAUCCAUUUGGAGAGGACGAUGAUGAUUUUGAAGUCAAUUGGAUCAUUGAUCGUAAUGUCCAAGUUUCAUAUCUUAUAGUGGACGAAAUGCAUCACGAACAUCCGGAGUUAAUCAGAGAUCAGUAUUGGGAUCAGGUGUUCCCAACAGAGUUGCCAUAUACCGUAGCUGCCGGAGAACGUGAACGGCAUCCCGAACCAUCGACAGCCAAUAUAGCCGUAUCAGAUGCAGACGCGGAAUAUUCAAUGCCACCCAAGUGCUGUGACGACGGACAAACCAUAGACGACGAUGACGCGAACAGUGGCAUACACUUCGUGGCGACAGGAGGCAGCUACAAGAGAUCAAACAGUCAAUUACGCGGCCGUCCCAUAUCGUCGCACAGUUCCAACGAUCACCAUCACCAUCUUAACAACCAGAGCGUGGCCAGUUCGCUAAACCGCGUCGGUUCGGUCACUUCCAUAUUGAAAAAUCUGUUCAAGCGCACCGGCGGUACCUCCGCCCAGUUGUCUGGCGACGGACUUUUAUCGAGGGUAUCAAGCAGCAACAGAUUGCCAGGCAGUAGCUGGCAGAGUCAAGAUAGCUUACAGAGUAGCAGUAGUAAAUUACUACAGCAACAGUUUGGCAGUGUACGAAUUGCCGAUCAGGUGAUCGAGGAACUAGAUGAACAAAUGACGAUCACAGCGGGGGGUCGGCUAGAGAGGCGUAGCGAGAAACCAAACGUGCGCACCGUAUUUCCACCUCAACCACCAUUGCCGAACGACUCUGCAUCAUCAAAUUUAUCGAAUAUUACUUACACAGAAGUAUUAUCAGCUAACGACGAUUUUGGCUAUCAAGAUAGAAAACAAGAAGAUACAUUGAUGCGCAGUGAUAGUGACAGCAGUAACCACCACACGCCUAGUACAUCUAGUUUGUUGUUUGUUGUCGAACCAGUGGUAGACCAAUCUCCUGCUAUAAACAACGAAGCACCUAACAGUAGGACUUCGUCAGUCACUUAUGAUUAUGAAACAUCUAGACGAACACCCGACCAUCAUGACUAGAAUCGUAUUAACUAUGUUAAUCUUAAUUUUAUUUAGGAUGUACACGCUAUGUUAAACCAAUAAACAGAUAAUUUCAAAAGGUUAGAGUAAAGUAUUUUUAAGAAAUGUAAUAAGAUGUAUAAUACAAUAUUACAAGCUGCCUUAUAUUAUUUGUCAACUAGUUACAAACUAGAUUACUAACAAUAUACUUUAAAAUUUGCUUAAUGAUAAAAACGGUUUUACAACUAAGUAAUAACUGAAAAUGGACAAAUUGUUAUUGUUACCUAACACUUAAAACUAACUGGUUUAUGUACCAUAAUAAGCUCAUAAUCAUUAAAAUGUAAAAAUAUAAUAAUAACCGUUUGCAAUGUAUUUUAAAAUCUAAAGACUUAUACAGUAAGUUAUAUAUUGAAUUUUACAAAUAUAUUUUUCUUUUUCACACUA